ACAUAUUUAAUAUUGAUUUACAAUUUUGAUAUAUUACAUAAUAUAUUUGAUUAUUUUCUAUAAUUUACAUUUUACGAAAUGAAUGAUGAUGAAGAGGAUGAAUUCGUACUGCGGCCGUUUGAACAGGGCCAUUGGGAGUGGAGUGAGGAUGCUAAACAGUUGAUGUUUAUGAGAGAGGUGAAGACUAUCGACAUAGAUGUACAAGAAGUACAACCACAGAGUAUUAGGAAAAUGGAAUUUAAAUACGAAGUUGAUUUGCUGGAAGAGCAAAGGUUUAAAAAGCAUUUUCAAAGACAACUUAUCGAAGAAGAUGUAGUAAAGUUACAGGAUGUAAAAGAUAUUGUUCUGUUUUGUGCACCUAAACCAUUAAUAACCCGAGAUAUUAUAAAUGUAUUACACAUGCGCGUUAUGGACAGGUUUCUAAGAGCCUUAAUAUUUUAUUGCCAGUAUUAUUUACAGGUCGCUUCAAUAAUGGCUGAUAGAAUUUUAGACUUGCAAAGUAAAAUUAAAACGACAUUUGGUAAAAAAAUUGAAGAGAGAUAUGAGGAAAAUCUAAGAGACGUUCGCUUGUUAUUGGCCAAGGAAUACUGUUCAAUGCUUCUAGGUACGGGAGAAUAUCUCAAAUAUCACCAUAACAAACUUGGAACAGCAAAAUCUUUGUCGAAAAGGGAUAGCGUAGUUUUCGAAUCAGUUUUACGUAUUAGCACUCAUAUUGCUUGGAUUGCCCUCGGAAGAAAAUCGUUUCAACAAAUCGAACUGGAAAUACAAAGAGUGUUUAAAUCGAAUACAUUUAACGUUGUAAAGCACUUUUUAAAAACUGACUUCGAGAAGGAUAUGACAGCGGCGGAGCAUUCCGUGUUGUACGGCUCGUGCGAGCACAAGGAACAGAUCAUGGGUAUACACUCGCCGCUGCUGAGCGAAGUCACCUGCCAUAAAAAUGCAAUAAACUACAGAUUAUUUGGGCUGGGUGAUUUUAAAUACCCUCACUUAACUUCACGACUUCUCUACUUUAAAAAUAUAUUAGUAGCUCCUGAACUGGAGCUAGACCAGCUGGGGCUCACACUAGGUAUCAUAGGUCUGCCCCGGGAGCGCUUCGACACGAUGCUGCGGGAGGUCAAGAAACAGAGUGCCACUACUUCUUCGGCGAGCUUGCGUAAAACUGCUUCACGAAUGUCUUCAAGUCGAUCCUCCGCAGGAAAGAGUACAAAGGGUACUUUCCUCAAUUUACCAUUGUAUCCAGAUAUAAUUCUUCCCGAAUCUCGCCCUGAUCGCAGCGAGGAUCUGGCAGACGCAUUUCCUGGUGUACCUAUCCCGAUCAGGCAUAGGAAGAACGAGCAGCGCUUAAAAUGGUUGCGAUACGCAGAACCAUACCGAAGGAAGAGGCUUCAAAGUUUGAAGAACAAGUAAAAACUGUGUUCACUUGAUGGUCACUUUGAUAUAUGAUAUAUACAUAAAUAAAUGUAAUGUUACCAAAAGAUUGUCCUCAAAACGUCCUAAAUAAU